GAAUAGAAUCAGUAUCGUUGUGUUAGGCGUGCGCACUACAGUGCGCCGCCAUAGUGUUAACCAACUGGAGUAUACCUGACCGAAGACACCAUGUUGUCCUGUUUCAGUUAGAAGGUGCAGACUCCAGCAGUCACAGCGGGGGUCUCUACAGAGAGCGCGUGCGGGCCCGCCGCCCGGCUGGGCCCGCCACUGUUUCGAACCCAUACAUAAAAGGGGAGCAUAAACAUGGAGCAGUUUGAAUCGUUGCUAACAUGCUGCGUGUGCCUCGACCGGUACAGGAACCCAAAACUCCUGCCGUGUCAGCACAGCUUCUGCAUGGAGCCGUGCAUGGACGGACUCGUCGACUACGUGAGGAGACAGGUUAAAUGUCCGGAAUGCCGUGCGGAGCACCGAAUCCCUUAUCAGGGAGUCCAAGGAUUCCCAACAAAUGUCACUCUCCAAAGAUUCCUGGAGUUACACGCCCAAAUUGCCGGGGAACUCCCAGAUCCCACGGCUGGGCAGAUCAUGGAGAGAUGCAACGUAUGCUCAGAGAAAGCAUAUUGUGCACCAUGCGCUCACUGCGAGAAAAAGGUUUGCGAAGACUGUAAAGCAGCGCAUAUGGAGGUACUCCGCAGAGAAAUAGCAAGAAUCAAUAAUCAAGUUCGCCGAGGCAUGAACAGGCUACAAGAUAUUUUAGGUGUAGUUGAAAGAAAUACAACAAACCUACAAACAAACUGUGGAGCUGUAGCUGGUGAAAUUGACGAGAUUCACAAGAGAUUGUCAAAGGCUCUUAAAGACAGAACCGACUUCUUACGCAAUGAAGUUGAUCGGUAUCUAGCCACAGAGCUUAGAAACCUCACGCAUCUUAAAGAUAAUCUAGAGUUAGAAUUAAGCAACAUACAGAGUAACUGUGACCUCGCUGAUAAGUAUAUGAACGAUGACACAGAAUGGGAGGACACAGAACUCAUGGACACCAAGGAGAUAUUCCUCAAAACGGUUGAGUUCUUGCGAAACUUCGACUAUGAAGCGGGAGACUACAACCGCAGGAUACGGUUUAUCAUGACACACGACCCUAACCAACUCGUCAUGCAUGUUGCCAGUUACGGUGAACUCAACAUCACCCAACCAAAUGCUUAUUCAGGAAGCCAUCAACCAAGUCAAGGGCUAACGAGGUCUAAGAGUGACCAUCGCUUGGCAACACAAUUCCGUCAGCAAGAAGAAGCCAAGGGAUAUUAUGAGAACGAUGAACCGAUUUUGGGAGGACGUAAAUUCGGUGAACGAAGACCUCCUCCACCUGAAAGGCACACGAGAGAUUAUGGUGCCACUGACGACUACAGUGGUUAUGAGUCAGAACACAGACCAUCCCGUAGAUUCCGUUCUCGUUUCGUCAGGAGUCACCAACAAGACAAUGACUCUGACACAGAGCAAACCAGCCGCGCCAUCAAAGCAGAACAGCAGCAGAAAGAAAAAGAAAAAGUCACCGACACAGAAGAUGCCACACGAGGUCCUCUUAGUGGCAUAUUCAGGUUGACCGACUGUCCACGUGUAAUGCAAAGGAUCAUGGACGUCGACAGCGGGAAGAAGAAAGAAAAAAAAGAACCACCUCCACCACCCAAGCCUGUCCAGCCAGCACCUCAACCGCGCCGCCCUCCACCAGCACAGAGGCAGCAGAGCGAAGAUGAUGAAAUUAGUCGACUGAAAAGACAAAACAAAGGCGCAGCGUCGUCGCAGGAACCCGACCGUCCUGCACCACGCGCAGCCGAAGAAGAACGAAACUCAGUAACACGUAAACCACCCACACCAGCCCGGGAGGCGUCCAGUGACGGUGAGUCCGAUGAAUCCGUUGGAUCUCUGCAGCGUACACAGCGCAAAGCACCUGCGCCCGCACCGAAACCUGCUGUGACAGGCAGAAGGCCCUCGGCUUCAGACACGCCGACGCCGCACCGGCCGGCUGCUCGAGCGCCUAGCACAGAGUCAAGCGCGUCGACAGAAAGUUCCGGCUCGGCGGUGAAGCACACAGGUGCGAUACUAACCAUCGCGGAAUUGAAAGCAAAGUACGCCAGUGAUGCAACGCCACCAAAACCUCGAUUAUUGUCCACAGGCAGCGAGAGAACAGCACCGGUAACGACUAAUGGCACAGCCGGAGGCGCGCAACGUGUUCAGAGUCGGUUCAUCGGCUCGCAGAGACCGACGCCCGCCCCGGCGCCCGCCGAGCCGGCACACGAAGACUCCGAAACGAGCUCUGAGGAAGAAACCGAUUCGUCCGAGGAGAGUGAAGAGGAGCCUGCACCGCCGCAAAGAAAGCCCGAGAGCCAGGCGAUGGCCCGCAGCGACAUUGGGCCACUGCUUGCGCGCAGCACUAACGCUCGCAACGAUGCGCACGAUAACAAAUCCAAAGAAACGCCUGCUCCCACCCGGUACCGCACGAGGCAGACGUCUCAGACAGAAGAAGAGCCGGCGCCGCGAUAUGGCGCUGGGUCUUCUUACAGCAACCGAUAUGGAAGCAAACCAAGGGAAGAAGAAACGAACUCGUCUAUAGACGAUGAAUCGAAAUACCCAACAGCAAGAUCGAGAUACCUCGCCCUGAAAGAACGACGCAACCGUCUUGCCAGGAGUAAGAGCAGCCACACCGGUUUCGGUGUAGGAGACGAUGAUGAUCAGGACGAGCCAGUAUCACCUACCACGGCUUCUCCGUCAGCGUACUUGGCGGCUCGAUACGGCUCCGGCACUGGAGGUUCGGAGUUGUCUCGCAGCCGAUCGUCACACGCGCUCAAAUCUCGCGAGAACUCGCCCGAGCGACCACCCGCCGGCGAGAAAGACGGAGCGGCGCUCAGCUCUUGGGCAAGAUAUUUGAAGAAUAAAUAUGGUUCUCGAGGCAAAGAUAGGGACACGGGCGGCACUUCGUCGAGCACGUCGCGUCGCCUGUCUCUCGGGCUGCCUUUGCGCUCGGCUAACGAGCUUGCCAGUUCUGAUGAUGAUUCAAAAAACGCGGCAGGCUCCCCCAUCUCCCCUACGGCGGCUACAGCAGCGGUAGCAGGUUUCGCAGCAGCAGGUUCCUCCCCUAGGAGCCAAUAUCUGCAGAAACGCCGUUUACAAUUCAGCGUGGGGAGUCGGGGGAGCGAACCCGGUUGCUUUACAUGGCCUCGUGGCAUCGCUGUGGGUCCCGACAAUACUAUGGUCGUGGCCGAUUCAUCUAACCACAGAGUUCAGGUGUUCGAUUCCAACGGCAUAUUCGUGAAAGAGUUUGGGCAGUACGGCAGCGGCGAGGGCGAGUUCGACUGCCUCGCCGGAGUCGCCGUCAACCGCAUUGGACAGUACAUCAUCGCGGACAGAUACAACCACCGUAUACAGGUGUUCGACCCCCAGGGUCGGUUCCUGCGAGCCUUCGGCAGUCAGGGUACUGGCGACGGCAAGUUCAACUACCCGUGGGGCAUCACCACUGACGCGCUCGGAUUUAUAUACGUUUGUGACAAGGAGAACCAUAGAGUACAGGUGUUCCAAUCCGAUGGCACGUUUGUGGGCAAGUUCGGCUCGUUUGGCUCCAAGUUGGGCCAGCUCGAACACCCGCACUACAUCGCGGUGUCCAGCACCAACAGAGUCCUGGUCUCAGACUCGAACAACCAUAGGAUCCAAGUCUUCGACGUUAAUGGACGAGUGCUCUCGUCCUUUGGAGAAGAAGGGUCCGAGGAUGGACAGUUUAAGUUCCCGAGGGGUGUAGCCGUCGACGACCAAGGUUACAUCGUGGUAGCAGAUUCAGGGAACAACAGAAUUCAGAUCUUCCAUCCUGACGGCACCUUCCUCCGAGCAUUCGGCUCCUGGGGAUCAGGAGACGGAGAGUUCAAGGGUCUUGAGGGCAUCGCAGUCAUGUCUGGUGGGAACAUCAUCGUCUGCGACCGUGAGAACCAUAGAGUCCAGGUGUUUUAGGUUCACAGAACUACUGUCACCAUUGAAAAAUGCGAUAAAUCCUAGCCUAUUAUAAAUCUUAACUCUUUUGUAUAUAAACGAAGUGAUGUAUCAAUAAUAUUCACUUGCAUUCAGUUUUCGAAAUGAAACGCUUUAAACAACUUUUCAUUAAAAUGUAACUUGUUUUUUGUAUAUACACAUCAUUAUUUCUCAAUAAACAUGCGUUUUCAAAAUUUCUCUCUAUUUUUUCAAAUCCUUGUUUUGAAUUUUCACGUAUUGUUCUAAAUUGUUCUCAAUUACAAUCGAAAAACAGUAUCCAUUAUACAUAAUCCGUUGUAAUUUGAAAAAAUAUCAAGGGUAGAAAAGUAUAAGAAAAACGCAAUUUCGUAAGAGGAAAUUCACUUUGAAUGGGUAAAAGCACUCAAUCAUUGUCGACAAUUCUUAUCACUUAAAGACAGAUGGAGUCCCGAUCGAUUGAUCCAAUGAUUUCCCAAUGGUAGGCUUACUCCGACGUAGGCAUUGUGGGACUCUGGGUGUAACACGACUACUUCGUGAAAAGCGCUGCUGGGUAUAUUCAUUUUUGACGAAUUUUCAUGUCAAACUAAUAUUUGACUUGUAGUCUACGAAAUUACGGUAAAUCGUUUUAUAGACCAGUGAUUCUAUCUCAAAGCUAUAGCCACUAAGUUUGUACGUCCAGCUGCAACAUACCUCUAUUCCAGCAUUAUGAUAUGCCAACUACCGUUUUUCAAACCUGCAAGGUAUAGUAUUUUUUACUGUAAAUAACACUUGUAUUUAAUUUUCAUUUUAUACCCCGAUCAGCUCACUGAAAAUAACAGUCAAUAAUAUUCAGGGGUCCUAUUGUAUCAUUUUUGUUGUGUUGUGUGUCAAGCCUCGACAAAAUCGUGAGGCAUUACCUUUUUACGUCAUUAUCAUAUCUCAUUUGUUGUGAUACAUAAACCCAAUUUUUGCAAUUAAAAAUAUACCUUAUACAGUGGCUUAUUAGAGUAUAGUUUAGCGCAAAGACAACCUAUCAAGUUUAUAUCAGCUUUAUUGCUUAGUAGCGCUUUCUAUGUUGUCGCGUUAUACCAUAGCUUAUAAUGUUUUCAUAUACCACGAUAUUCUAAGCACGACACCUGUCUUAUAAUAGAAAUAUAGUUUUAUAUCUUUGGAUAUGUGAAAUUGUUGUAACUCAUAUGGUUACGUUACUAAAUGUAGUAAAUAUAUCUUUAAAUUGUAUAACAUGAAUAAGAACAAUAAAAAGUUGCAUUAAGUUUCUGAUUGAUUUUUUAAAAAUACAAGUUUAAAAUAUACUGAAUUAAAGUCUAUUUAGUAAGUUUAUUAAUGCAGACAAACAUUGUUUAUUACAAAAACAAACUAAAUUGUUUUAUGAAAUUGUUCAAAUUUAUUUUCAUACAGAGAAAUAGUCUAAUAACAAAAUUUUAAAAUAAAUGUUUUUGUUAAGCUUUUAAAUCACAAUUCUCACAAAUGAAAUAAUGUUAAUUUUAAAUGAACAUAUUUUGAAUGAAACUCAUUUAUAUAAGUCCCGCAUUCAAACAUUUGAGGCUUACAUUAUACUUAUAUUUAUUCGCAUCUAUCUUAGUGUACACAACGACAAUACAAUCUUUGUUAGUUAAUGUGCUUCAAUAAAGGCAAAUUAAAGCAUUUAAAUAUACAAUUGAAACUGAGUAACAAACUUUUGAUUCAUAAAUAAAACAAUAGCAUUUAAACAAUUUAUGAUUUUGUAAAUUUUAAAUAUCAGAAAUUUGUCUUAUGUCAUAAGUAUUAAGACAGUAUAAUUUAUAAAUUCAUAAUCAUUGCUUUAUAUGGCUGAUAUCCGAAAAAAAUAUUAUUUUAAAAUCUAAAUUAAGCAGUUUAUCUGUUAAGGAAAUUAAAAUCUAAAUAUAUAAUACUCUUUUUUCGUCCUUAUAGUAAUGAUGUUAUAAAAAUCUAGUCAUAGUAGUAAAUAAAUGUAUUACAAAUCAAUAACUAGGAUUUCAAAACUAGACCUUACGUUUAUCAACUUAAAUUUCUUUAUUUCUUACGCUUCAUCAUAAUUUGUAUAAGCUAUUUUCUCUCGCUUCUUUACACUUAAUAGAAAACAUUUAUAAAACAAAUUAUUGAAAAAAUAAUUUUAAAUUUUGCAACUCUAAAUUCAUGGUUUGAUUUUUAAAUUGUAUUAAUUGAAAUGAGUUUUGUGUUUGAGUAAAACAUUUCCUUUUAUUAAUCCUAUUUUGUUUGUAUGAUAAAAAUCGAUUUAUUUUGAAAAUGUAUUCUUUUUUAUUUGGAUUUUCUCUAUUAUCCCAGAUUAUUAUGUAUUAUCGUGUACAUAACGUAUUAUGUACUUAUUUAUAAGUGAAAUAAAUGUUGUCAACCUGAACAUUUUUGUAAGGUUUUUUUAAAUAAAUAUAAAUGCGUUAUAAA